CGGCAGCGGCGGCCGUGCGGCCGGCGAGAGCGUCCGGCAGGCGGCGACCGUGAGCCUUCCCCGCGGGCCGUCGGGCGGGAUGAAGUGGUCCCUGGUCAGCCGCUUCCUCGUGCUGCUGCCCUGGGGGCUGGUGGUGAUGGUGCUGCUGGACGUGUCGCCCCGCGGCCCGGCCGGGCCCGGCGGGGCCCCGUCAGCCUGGCCUCCGCCUCCGCCUCCGCCGCGGGGCCGCCCGCCGCCUCCUCCUCCUCCUCCUCCCCCUCCUCCGCCUCCCCCGGCGGUGCCCACCAUCUACGCCAUCACCCCGACCUACAGCCGUCCGGUGCAGAAGGCGGAGCUGACGCGGCUGUCCAACACGCUCCGCCAGGUGUCGCGCCUGCACUGGAUCGUGGUGGAGGACGCGGCGGGCCGCAGCGAGCUGGUCAGCCGCCUGGUGGCCCGCGCCGGCCUGCCCUGCACGCACCUGCACGUGCCCACCCCGCGCCGCUACAAGCGCCCGGGCCUGCCCCGCGCCACCGAGCAGCGCAACGCCGGCCUCGCCUGGCUCCGCCACCGCCACCGCCACCGGCCCGCGCCCGCCGUCCUCUUCUUCGCCGACGACGACAACACCUACAGCCUCGACCUCUUCCAGGAGAUGCGAACCACUCGCAAGGUGUCCGUCUGGCCGGUAGGCCUCGUGGGAGGACGACGAUACGAGCGCCCUUUGGUGGAAAACGGCAAAGUCGUUGGCUGGUACACGGGCUGGAGGGCAGAUCGGCCCUUUGCCAUUGAUAUGGCAGGAUUUGCUGUGAGCCUGCAAGUGAUUUUGUCCAAUCCAAAAGCUGUAUUUAAGCGGCGUGGGUCCCAACCGGGCAUGCAAGAAUCAGAUUUUCUAAAACAGAUAACAACAGUUGAGGAAUUGGAGCCCAAAGCAAAUAACUGCACAAAGGUUCUCGUGUGGCACACUCGAACAGAAAAGGUAAAUUUAGCUAAUGAGCCGAAAUAUCACCUGGACACGGUAAAAAUUGAGGUAUGAUGUGAAGAGGCAAUCUGGGGCAUGUGUUUGGUCUGGGAACAUGACAGAGUCUGCUUCUCAGAGCCAGGGCUGCAAAACAUUCAGGUAUUGUUCAAUCUACUAUGGGUGCAACAAUGCCGGCUUUCACCUGGUGGACAUCAUUGUGUGUACAAAACUUCUCAGCUAGUGUAAAAUGUGGGUAUUGUUUUGCAUGCUUUCCAAUUCGAUCUCGGUGCUCCGUCCAUGGUAUUGCUGUAUACGUCAGGGCUAAAGGACACUUGCAGUGGAACCUUUUCCCAUCUGACUUCUUAAAUGGCAGAAUUCAGUAAGUCUGGGCCUCACAAGGAUUGUUUUCUGUCAUUCUUAUCUGAAUGUUGAGGAUUCUGAUCUCUUCAAAUUUGAUGCUUUCUUGAGUGAUAUGAAGCAGAGGAAAUAAAACCCUCAGAAAAGAAUGUGGAUUCAUCUGUUUAAUAUAGGGAAAUAACAUUUUGUCAAUACUAGGCACCAUAAAAUGUAAACACAAUUACUGUAAUAAACCUGGAUAUACUUCAA